AUGUCUAGAUACCAAGAAGCAGAUAAUGACAAGAAGUUAGAGUCGCUGGCGACCAAACUGUCAACUUUUAGAAACAUUAAUGAAGACAUAGGACGUCAAGCACAGAUUGACAGUUCAGUUAUUGAUUCGAUUUCAGAAUCAUUCUCUAGUUUACUGAAUGAUUUAAAAAACUCUUCCUCCAGGCUUACGCGGUCUAUGUCUAUGGGGUCAGGUGUUUGGCGUAUGGUAUUCAUAGCCCUUUCAGUGUUUUUCAUAAUUUACACAUUGUACAAGUUUUUUUAA